AUGUCUUCGAAGCAACAGGUGGUCCAACGCUCGGUGUCCUCUGGGGAUGCUGGGCGCCUUACUGUGUCGCUGCUCGUUGCAGUGUGUCUCGUUGGCAGUGCGUUGGCACUGAACUGUAAAAUAUGUCAAUCGACCGGCGAUUACGAGGCCUGUCUGCGUAGUCCGUCCGCACCGUGCACGGUACCGCUGGUCAACACAACGCAUCUGUUUCUGACCUCAGCAAACCCGACACUGCGUAACGUUACGUACCAGGGUGUACCGAUGUUCCAGUGUUUCCAGGUGAACUACACCGUUGGGCCGAUGUGGCACUAUCAGAUGGGGUGCACCUACAUCAACACCAAGAUCUGUGAGGGUUGGCGAGCGGCGAGCAAAUGUCUUACCACCACGUCGAACGUGAUGGGCGUACCGGGCCGGGUGAAGGUUCCACACAUUGCCGAUUACAACCCGCACGGCCCACCAGUCCUGCCGCACACGAACGGUGUUGUGCAGCCGUCGGUGACCGGGAUGAAGCGCAGCUCCAAAUCGGCUUCCGGUAGGAGUGCCGUACUGGUGGAAUGUCUCAUGCUGACCAUGGUGGUGGGUUGGGCAAUCCGAAAGGUGCUAGGAUACUAA